CGUGGUUUAAAAACUUCAGGAGGAUGGCGCGGAAAGUUGUCACACACCGCACAGUGUAGUUUUCAGUCGGUGGAGGUUUUGUUUACAUUUUGACACCGACAUUAUCCGUCAUGAGUGUGUUGGAGGUGAAGUUCAUUGGUGAUGGAGACGCUCUGGAGCACAUCGUGGACAAACAGGAGGGUGUGCAGAGCAACAGUGGGUCUGUUCAGAAGAUGGUCACAUUUAAGAGCCCAGCUGGACGACGAGCCAGAGCGGAUGCAGAACAUGAUGGGGAUGAAAAUGGACUCCUGGAUGAGCAGAACUAUAUCCAGGCUCUGGGAACAGAAGAGGAUGAGGAGGGUAUGUCCAGGGUGGCUGGAUCCUCCAUUUUCACCUUUCAGAAAGUCAAACGUGGACACAGCAUGGCUCAGACUGCAAGUGAGUUGGCUCGGACUCCUGGGAAAAACGUGACCUUCAGCACGACUCCCAACGUUGAACCCUCCACUCCCACCCGAACCGGCAACAACCACAGAGGAGAAAGCCGGACACCACAGAGGAAGAAGAAGGUUCAGUUUGUCUCCACAACACCCCACAGGCUCAGGAAGAGAUUAACAACUCCGAGCAUCCGGUCAGACAGCGACAGUGAGCUCUCGCCCUCCGACUCUGGGGAGGAAGAGGAUGAAGAUGGGGUGGAGGAGCAGCAGACGUUUAAGAAAGAAGACAAGGAAAACUCAAAGACUCCGAGAACGCCUAGUAAAGGUUUAUCUGCAGCUCUCUACAAGACUCCCGCCAAGAAGAGCAAGAGCACUCCUGAUCAGCCCAGUAUGGUGGAGGAGUAUUUUGAAGCUCAUGGCAGCUCAAAGGUCUUGACAUCGGACCGCACCCUUGAGCGCUUACACACCCCUAAACUUGACAGGGAAACGUUGGUCCAGCUUUUAGAAGGAAAGCCGUCCUGCUACUCUGAAGAGAUCCAGCAGCUCCACAACAAACACCGAAAGCACUUUAGCAAAUGGAUGUUACAGUUACAGUUGGGAUUCAGUGUGUUGGUCUACGGCUUGGGCAGUAAAAAGGCUCUGCUGGAGGACUUUCGAGUGUCUCAACUGGGUCAAGAAAUCCACCUUGUGGUCAACGGAUUCUUCCCUUCCAUCACUCUAAAAUCAAUCUUAAAUGCUCUGACAUGUGAGGCUCUAGAGCACCAGGGAAGUUUCCGGACACCCUCGGACCAGAUCCAGUACAUCAGUCAGACCCUUAAAGACAGCCCAGAUCUACAUGUGUACCUGCUAAUCCACAAUAUUGAUGGCCUAAUGCUGCGAGGAGAGAAGACCCAGAGUGCACUGGGGCAGCUUGCAUCUCUGCCCAACCUGCACUUGGUGGCUUCUUUAGACCACAUAAAUGCUCCAUUGGUGUGGGACCAGUUCCAGCAGAGCCAGUUUAACUGGCUGUGGUGGGAGUGUGUGACGUUCCAGCACUACGCGGAGGAGACGUCGUAUGAAAACUCUCUCCUGGUGCAGCAGACCGGCGCUCUCGCUCUGUCCUCCCUUACACACGUGUUACGCAGCUUGACACCCAAUGCAAGAGGAAUUUUCCAACUGCUGGUGAAAUUUCAGCUGGAAAACAAAGAUAAUCCUUCAUACACAGGAUUGUCAUUCCAAGAUUUCUACCAGCGUUGUCGAGAGGCAUUCUUGGUAAACUCUGACCUCACACUGAGGACUCAGCUGACUGAGUUCAGAGACCACAAACUGAUACGGACACGCAAGGGUGCAGAUGGAGUGGAGUACUUGAUGGUUGCCGUGGACGCGAGCACGCUGAUGGACUUCUUGGAGAACGAGGAGGGUGACUGAGAAGAGAACUCUCUCUUCUAGUUCACUGACUGACAUUUACUGAUAUACAGUAACAGCUUAGUUACAUAAGACAGCUUACAGGCUCUGCACAGUUUAAAUUAAUGGUUCAAAUCUAAUUAUUGAUGAAAUGUCUCAUUGUAGCACUGUCUUCUGUUUCGAUGCAUACAUGUUUUCAGCUAAGAUCUGUGUAAUUAAAAUCAACACUGAGUGAA